AUGAUUAUUAUUAUUAUCAUAAUUCCGAAAUCUCUAUCUGUGACGCAACAACCAAUCAAAAUUCGGGCAGACAAGACCAUCAAAAUUGCAGACCUCAUAACAUCAACACCUUUCCCCUCACCCACCACCACCAGCAACAUCGGCCACAACAUCACUAGCCACACCGGCCACAACAUCACAGCUGCAGCAACGACAACGGCGACAAACCAGCCGACAAUGUUCAUAGGGGCCAUAAUAUUAAUAGUCUUAAUGGUUCUAUGUGCCAUCCUGGGCCUCAUAUACUCCUACAUCUACUUCACGAGGAUCAACCCGGUACGAGGCAGAAAGUUUGCCGACAGUGGGGGCCUCGGCCACAUAGAAAGUGGUGGCGGUGCUGAAAAAUUGAAAAAAAAAAACAUCAACAACAACAUCAACAACCACAACAUCAACAACCACAACAUCAACAACCACAACAUCAACAACCACAACAUCAACAACAACAACAUCAACAACAUCAACAACUACAACAUCAACAACUACAACAUCAACAACCACAACAUCAACAACAACAUCAACAUCAACAACAUCAACAACAACAUCAUCAACAUCAUCAACAUCAACUUCAACAACAACAACAUUAACAUCAACGAUGCUAUGGCAUGUCAUGCCGCGAUUGACAAUUAG